GAGCACGCGCUCAGUGUGCCCGAGUGUCCCGUGUUGCGUGUGCGCACUCCUCAGAGUGAUUCCUCCACAGUUCGCAACCCGCCGCGCCAACAUGCUCGUACUCGCAACCUGUUUUUUGUUGGUCGCGACGACCCUCGCGCCCGUCGCAGCCCAGAGGAUAACGACGAUACAGUUAGAUGGCGUCCAAUACUUCAUCUCCAGGAUGAACCCCUACAGUCCGGAGCUCAACUACUUUUUAGCGUACCAGUACUGCAGGUCUUUAGGUCUACAGCUUGCGUCAUUUGAAACGAAGGAAAAAGCUGAUUCAAUCACGACAUACCUCACAAAUGCAGGGUACAAUAAGUAUGACUUCUGGACGUCCGGCAACAACUUAGGCACAGACAUGUAUCUAUGGAUGAGCACGGGAUUGCCCUUCAACGCGACCUUCAACUACAUGAGACGGGUGACCAUGGAUCCUCCAAGCCAACACGUGGACGAUAGCAUGGACCCACUUGACAUGCCUCAAGGAAGCACCGCACCUCAGAGAACUGCCAGGCAUGGUCUGUUUUCCAGAACCGAGCACGUGAUGACCAACGGUUGCGUAACGCUCAAGGCGCCGACCUUCCACUGGGAGCCCCAGCACUGCGGAGAGGUCAAGGAUUUCAUCUGCGAGCAAACCCGCUGCUACUACUACAACUACGGCUCCAUCCCCGUCUCAUCAGCGCAGGGGAGGCCACUUUCCAUGACGACAACGACGACGGCGCAUCCUCUCACAUCGUCGUCUCCACCUCCACCAAGAUCUGAGCACCUCCCCACCCACUUUGACCUCAUCAGCAAGCUGAGGCCAUCCUCCCUGGAAGGACUGCAGUCUCCUCAUUACAAGUCUGAUGGUUCCCUGAAAUCGCCACCGCAGAUCGACUCCCACUACUCCCGCGCGGCUGACGCCCAUGCUAAGGAAUCUGAUCUCGAUCGCAAGGAAGACUCCACUCAGGGGCCGUACGAUGCCGACGACGGUAUGGUGGGAGACGAUCCGGCCGCGUACUUGACUCAGGACGCUCAAGAGAGCCACGUCGCUGAAGACGCUCCGUCCACGGCCGAGCCGGACGCCACCGAACGUUCCGUCCACGCCAGCGGCAUGCUGGCUCCGCCUUCUUAUUAGCGUCCGACUCGCUGCUGACAUCGGUAUACCCAAUUACCAAAAGUAUUAUGCAAUAUUUCGCGCAACUCGUGUAGAACAGUAAGUCAUUAAGUGAUUGCUUAUGAGGUUGUGUAUGGCUUUUCUAAUUUACUAUGUAAAUGAAAUUUGUUUACUUUUAUAUAACGAAUAAUGUUUUAAGGGAUAUAAAGGCUUUUUGGGUAAAACGUUGAAGGUGUUGGCGACUCGAACAUAAGGACUUGCCAUCGUCUUCGUAACUCACUUACAACGAACUAUCAACGAAAUAAAUGGUGCCUAGGUAAUACAGCAUUUAAAUAGGUGUGUCCGAUCUCCGGCGUAAUGUGUAAACAUUAAAUAUAUUAAUUUAAUAUAAGAAAAUUGAAGCAUUCAGAUAUUUGGACAUAUCAAUUGAUGUAUGUAAUUUAAGAUAGUGUUUAUAAAAUGAGACGUACCUAGUAUAGUAAGUAUAUUAAGUUGAAACUCAAGAAUUUAAAGAAUAGUGAUGUAGCGAAGUUAAUAAAUUUAAAAUAUUACAA